AUGUCACACUGCCCCCUACUGCCCUGUUGUGGAUGGAGAACUCUCAGCUUCUUCAAAGUCAAGGGAAUUGUGCACUGUGGUGAGGGGCACCGAGAAGUCAACGAGCUCUUCGGCUACACGCCCCGGCUCCACACCCCGGCCCCGGCUCCACGUCCCGGCCCCGGCUCCACGUCCCGGCCCCGGCUUCACGUCCCGGCCCCGGCUUCACGUCCCGGCCCCGGCUUCACGUCCCGGCCCCGGCUUUACGUCCCGGCCCCGGCUUCACGUGCCGGUUACACCCCCCCGGUCCUUCCUACGGUCCCCCUCCUCCCUCCCUGUAUGUGGCCUGCUGUCCCUGCGAUCAGGCCCACCGAGGAGCUGCUCCCCGCGGGAGUAGUGGCAUCAAAAGUGACGCAAAGGGACAGCCCCGGGACGUCCGGUGACGGAUCUCUCCGGAGAAUCCCCUUUGUCCCUUCCCAUAAGGCCCUGAUCACACCGUAA